CCGCCGCCGCGCCGCAGUGGGCGCCCGCCUGCCGCCCGGGACACGCGCGUUCCAAAUACGAACUCAACCUCCAACCUAUUUGCGAUAACGAAAAUUAAAAAGUUAAUCUGCAAUUUUAAUUCGCGUGUGCGUUCUUAGUGGCCAGCUGUAUUGUGUUCUGUAUGAGUCCAAUUUAAAUAAAAAGAAUAUAAAAUUCGAAUCGUGGUUUAAAAUUCGAAGGACGCGUAUCUUAGUGAAGGCCUGUCCGGAUGCAGUUAGUGUUUGUUUAUCCGGUGAUGGAGAAUGGUGAUGUGUGUGUGUGAAAAAUGAAGCGCUUUUUCUAUGGAUUUUGGAUCUUUCUAACGGAGACAUGACGACGCAGGACCGAGCCAAUAUUUUUACUGAUGAUGAUGAGGAUUUGCGUCCGCGACAGCAGAGCCUGGGCGGCGUGCUGCGGCGCGAGGGCAACUGGAAGUGCUUCAUGCUGACGCUCAUGAUCGCCGGCUGCCUCGGCUCCGUGGUGUGGUGCAACACCGCCGAGAUCGACCGGGAGAUCAUUGACCUUAACACAUACCCCAUCAAGCGCACCGUCCGCGAGUCCCCGUGCGACGUCGGCUACGCGUACAUCCCCAUCGCGUUCGUGCUGCUCCUGUAUCUGGUGUACCUGGUCGAGUGCUACCACAGCACGGCGCGCAUCCAGCUGGCGCGGCGCGUGGACGUGGCGGCCGUCAGCGCGCGCGUGCACGCCAUGCGCGCCGCCACGCCGCGCGUGUGGUGGAAGGCGAUCUGCUACCACUACGUGCGGCGCAAGCGGCAAGUCACACGAUACCGGAACGGGGAUGCGUAUACCACCACACAGGUGUACUACGAGCGGGUGAACACUCACAGUGCUAGCACGUCAUUCGCGCACGCGUGCUGCGGCCAGCGCGACGCGUCCAGAAACCUGGUGCUGGAUACUAAAACGCCCAUCACUAAAGUUCGCUUCAGCAAGGGAUUCGCCUUCGCCAACAUCGAAGCUGCUAGCGAGUUCGAAGACCAGCGAUCGAGAUUUUUCGCGGAACACGAGCGGUUCGACGACUUCAUGGAAAUGAGAGAGGGCCUGGACCUCAUCGGAGUCAGCUCCUUCAAGGAGUAUAUGGUCGCAUACAGGGAUACGGACCGUUGCGCGUGGUACUCAUCUCAGCUGCUGUUUUGGACUCUGUCCUGCCUUCUCUUGUCCUGGCCGCUGAGGAUCGUCAUAGAGUGUAACACCGCAUACGUCCAUUAUACUAUAACAAAGAUCUUCGGUACGAACUACGAGCUGGACCCGAGCCGGCAGCUGGACCUGGACACGCACCUGUCGGACACCCUCCCGCCGGUCCCUGCCUGCAACUACACGUGGAGCGCCCUCGCGGACGAGCAGAGCGCCGUGCUGUGCUCCGCCCCCCGCCCCCCGCGCGCGCUGCCCCUCUCCCACGCCUCCACCGUCGACAGCCUCGAGCUCUUCGCCGCUAUACGAGAAAACUGUGCCUUAGUACCAUCCUACUCCGAAGCCAUGCGCAUCGACGCCGCCCUCCGCGAGGACCCAGCUGAGUCUACAGCCGACACUGGAGUCCUCAUCAACAUGGAAACCCCUCCAAAGCCUCGACCGGCGAUUAAAGCCGCAUCUUUCGACGAACCCAUCCGAAGGCCCAGAGUCGCUAUAGCUGGUACGCAUUCCAGCCACAACAUUUCUGCCAGCGCUUCUCAUGAAGCCAAGCAGCAGAACCGGCGGUCGUGGGCCGGCGUGCUGUCGACGAACAGAGUCGCGAGGCAGAUCCUUGAGGAUAUUAGAUCUUCUCGUCCAAUCAGCUACCAGUCGAUCCAGGAAGCGCAGAGCCAGCGGGAGGGGGAGAGGGCGUUGUUUUUCUCUAAGGAUCUGUCACCGACUUGUUCGAGGGAUCCGUUUGGCGGUCGCGAGCGGACGACGCCCACUGACGAGCCGCCAUCGUACGAGGAAGCGCUCAAGCUUCCAGCACUCAGGAGACUCACGCGCUCCAUCACUGGGACCGACUUUGGAGGGCCGCGGAGAGCGUUCCUGAGGGAUGUCUUAGCAAACAGAAGGUCGUGUCUCGAGGGUGUAGGAGUCCUCUCUGAAGCGAAGGUGGUGAGGCUUCCCUCCAGCGACCCUGCUGAUGAAACUCCGCUAUAGCGAGUUACUGAGACUUUUUUGUGUGCAAUUAUUAACUUUAUGGUGCAUGAAGUCUGCAACACUGUUGUUGUGCGCGUCGUUCAUUACAUUAAUCAAAUGGAUUACAGUGUCAUUAUAAUACAUGAUUAAUUAUUGUACCGAUGUAUGUAUGGAAGAAUUCAAUAUGCUUUGGAAUUGGUUCGAAUACUUAUAGCUUGCAUAUUGAUACUACUAAGUGCUUGCAAAAUUUUCUAGAAGUCCGGAAUUGACUUCUUCUUCCCUAUUAAAACAUAGCUUUAUUUUAAGCGAUAUGCAAAAAAAAGUUAUCGAGUCCUUAUGAAUAGAUCUAAAAGUGCUUGUAGAUUGAUUGUUACAUAAUUUGGAUUAAAUUACAAUUUGGUAAAUAAUU